CCCUCCAGUCGUCAGGUCACAUGCUUGUCAAGCUGGAUCAGCUGACAUCAGCCAGCUUCUCCUUUCUGAUGCUCCUUCUCGUCCAUCGACGGAUAGCGCGUCUUUAAGCGGCAUUAUUUCGUUAUCGUAGCGUCAAAUUAUAUAUUUGAGCCAAGGAGAUCUCGGUGAUCCAGCAGGUUAGGCCGCCGGGUAGAUGCUGCUAGAGUGGAUGAUGAACGGACACGCUAUUCUUUAUACGGGGGUCACUUUGGCCUUCUGGACUACCAUACUCAUCGUCGGUACCUGCUAUACCAUAUUUGACCUUGGAUUCCGCUUUGAUGUGGCAUGGUUCCUGACAGAGACUUCUCCUUUCAUGUGGGCCAGUCUGGGCAUUGGCUUGGCCAUCUCUCUGUCUGUGGUGGGAGCAGCGUGGGGGAUCUACAUCACUGGCUCAAGUAUCAUUGGUGGUGGUGUCAAGGCACCACGAAUCAAAACCAAGAAUUUAGUCAGCAUCAUCUUCUGUGAAGCUGUAGCCAUCUAUGGGAUCAUCAUGGCCAUUGUAAUCAGCAACAUGGCUGAGAACUUCAGUGGAACAACCCCUGAGACCAUUGGGGCAAGGAACUACCAAGCUGGUUACUCCAUGUUUGGAGCUGGUCUGACUGUGGGCUUUUCCAACCUCUUCUGUGGCAUCUGUGUCGGCAUUGUGGGCAGCGGAGCAGCGCUGGCAGAUGCCCAGAACGCCAGCCUCUUCGUGAAGAUCCUCAUUGUGGAAAUCUUUGGCAGUGCUAUUGGCCUGUUUGGUGUCAUUGUAGCCAUUCUGCAGACAUCGAAAGUAAAGAUGGGCGACUAGAAGACGCAUUCGCACGCUGAGAAGAUAAAAAGACACACUGCUGGAAAAUGAGAUGGAUUAUUGUGUACAUACAUCGUAAAUUAUUUAAAUGUCUCUAUUUGCCUGGUAUUGUUUUUAACCAUUAUUCAUGCAAGAGUGGUACUUGUCUCGAGAGAAACAUGAAUGUUGAAUAAGACGACUGGGGGGGGGGGGAUCACCAGAUGCCAGUGUUUCGUGUGCAUUUCUUGCCCCUGAAAUAAAUGAGUGAACCCUGUAUCUUUCCAGCAGUUCAGCUUGAUGGCUAGUACAAGCAGAGCUUACAUGUUUUAAAGGAUUUUAGAUGUUUCCUAACACCAGCCAGCAUGUAGUCUUGAGAGCUGUGAAGCCUGGAUCACUUCCAGCUGAAUUGCAGCUCAUACAAGUUGGGGUGUGUGUGUGUGUGAUGGUGUUUUUUUUUUCCCUCUCUGACCACUCUUUGAUGAAUGAUGAGUUAAAAAUUACACUGGAGUAUUUGAAAAUAUUUGUGUGCGUGUGUGUAUGCUGGACAUGUGAUCGAUAUAUAUAUUUUUUUCUUUCUUUGAAGCAUGAGGGUGUUUACUAUUGUUUAUUACUGUAGCCUGGUCUGUCAGUUCUUUUGUUUUUAACUGUUAUUUGCUAAUAAGCAAGUGGUCCUUAAUCCAUGCUGUUUCCCAAAUACAGUAUUUGUUAGGCCUCCUGCUGUAGUGACAGAUAAUCUACAAAAUUUUGAAUUAAAGUACUGAUCUGGAAUCAUUAGUAAGGUGGACAGUUGGAUAUACUCUUUGGGAGGCCAAAUAGAGUCAGGUCACUGCAGCAGAUCUGCUCUAAAUUGUCAGUCAUAACCUUACUUCCCAAAAAUGUUAUGUUAUGUUACGAAUUCUGUUUUUCAAACCCAUGAGCCUGCUGAACAUGGCUGACAGCCAUAACUUGUUUUUCCCUUUAGUAUCGUCUACUUUUUGAGUUUUAACCAGUGGUUGGUUGGAUUGGACAUGAAAGUGGAUUGUUCUGUGUUGACUAUAAGGAAGCCAAAAGAUUGAGGAUGGCCACAUUACCCUUGUCCAACACGGGACCUUAACAUGAAGAUGAAAACUUAACGUGUCAGGUUUCCUGUUAACAAAGACAAAAUUGCUAACCCCUUUUGUCAAGUCACUAUUGAACAUUAUAUUACCUUAGACAGGAGGGAGGAAUAUAUUUUAAAGAGCGCCUCAGUUACUAGUAUUAGCUUUAGAGUAGUAACUGUUAAUAUUUGCUGUAUCAUUACUGUCAUUGUAGUAGAGGUUUUACGUGAAAAUCAUUUUAGAAAGACUGGUCGUCUGGCUCCCAAAAUUCUGGGUAAAAACUAUGGACUUCAUUACAGAACCAACACAUUGAUGGAUACAGUUUUAAAAAAAAAAUCCUUAUUGUACACACACAAACACAAUAAUAUACUUUUUUAUUUUUUAUUAAGCUCUUUUUUUUUCGAAUGUACAUCUUAACAUGUUAGGUGUUCAAGUCUGUGUUCCCAAAUUAUUUUUUAACAUUCCUUAAUGAAGUUUAAUGAGUGUUUAAAGCUUAGUCCUCUAGUGUUUCAGCUAUUUCCUGUUGAUGCCAACUUGUAAAUGGGGGGGGGUUUGGCGGAAAGAAGAGUUGAUGUGGGCACCCAGUGGAAAAUGCUUGUAUGGAAACACUUUUGGUAGCACCUUUUGUUCUUGAUGUGUCAUUCCACAAGUUCAGACGACAGACCGUGGCUAAUUGUGAAUCGUCUCAGCUCCUUCCUGUAAUUUUCCACCCCAACCCUCUUGUGGAGUUAUGAAUGAGUGUAAACAUUGAAUCUUGACUUGGGGAAACUCCAUUGUCUUUAAUAUAUCCAGACCUGGCCUCCCAAAAGGUGUCUUAAACUGCAAGAUCGUCUUUGCCAAUUACGAUGGUUUUAUAAUGAAGCCACGCUGUAACUCAAAGAUUCCUUUGGUACACCAGGCUCUGCACCAAACCCUAGGCAUUCAGUAAGUGUAGUUGGUACCGUGUGUGCAUUAUGUUGACGUGAUGGUGAUCGGACAAUAACUCAUUGUUUUUGAAAUUGUGUAUAAUAACAAAAACAGACCGUCCUUCUGGCUUCAUAAAUGUCCUUGAGAAAAUAAAAAUGGUCCAAUCAA